CGAAGCGAUAGUGCUGGGCAACGCCAACUUUGCUAACCCAGUGUUGCAAAACGCACAAUGCUCACACAUUUCGCGUUUGACGUAACAGUGAAAACAGCUGAUUGCAGCACACAUAACAAAAAUAAAAUAAUGCGUGUACCAGGAGCACUUUAUGCGGCACGUGGACGUGCACCACAGAACGAAAAUGAUGUGCCAUUCCAGGAAAUUCUGCCCUUGCGCCUGAAGAACUCUGUGAGCGGAAAAGCGGAUUCGGGCGCAGAUGUAGCGUGUUUGCAGGAGAUGGGUGUGCUCUUUGCCUGCCUGAAAGACAACGAAUUUGUUGAGCAAUAUUGCAGCAAGGAAAUUACCAAAUUCCAGCAGUGCUACAAAUUCUAUAUGGAUCGGAAAUUCGAAGCCAAGAAGACCGUUAAUCAGGGCAUUGUUCAACCCGGCAACAAUCUCAACUACAAACAGUUGAACAAAUACCUCAAACGCUAUCCCAAUCCCAAGUAACAAUAAGCUGUGUUGAGCCAUUUAUUACAAAAUAUAAUGUACAAUUAAAA